AUGAUAUUAUUGGUUGCGACCGGUGGUAUGUUAUUUGGUUUAGGAUUUAUAUUUUUAAACUAUCGAUCGAACAGUGAAUAUGAAGAUUAUGAUUUCACUGUACUGAAGUCAAUUUCAACAGAAAAGGAUUUUAAAUCAAACAGUAUAUCGGAGGUGUUCGCAGACUCUACUAGUAAUUUGAAUUUCAGUAACGUUCGCAUCCAAACGUAUACAAUUUCAUUGUUUACAAGUGCGAAAAAAGCGAAAGUUACAGUUCGAGAAGCUGGUCACGGAAGUUAUCACAUACUUUUACUUCAUGGGCACAAAUAUUCUUCACAAAUAUGGCAAAAACUAGGCACAUUACAAUAUUUAAGUAAAUGGGGUUAUCGAGCAGUUGCUGUUGAUAUGCCAAAACGAGAAAAUCGAACUACAACGAUGGAUGACGAUCAGGAAGCGAUUCGUUGGAUGGGUAACCUUACUAAAAAACUUCGUCUUUCGAAUCUAGUUAUUAUUAGUCCAUGUCUAAGUGGAGACUUUGCUUUACCAUACAUCUUUCAACUGCCAAAAAAUCAGAAGUUAGUUCGAGCUUUUGUAGCGAUUGCACCGAAUGGAACGGAGAGAUUUGCAAAUGAUGACUAUCGACAAUUAACAAUUCCAACGCUGAUUGUUCAUGCAGAACAUGACUCUGUGUUUCAACCUGCCUAUGAGCUUCUGAUUCAAAUUCCAAACAGUGAAGUCUUAUUCAUGAUUGGUGCUGGACACAAUUCUUAUGUUGACUCACCAAUAUUUUUCCAUGAUGGACUUCGAAAGUUUUUAUACAAUGUCUCUAGGCUAGCUUAG